UCAUACACCACACAUCCUGAUCUGCACACCAUAUAACAAGUUUGUAACCGAGCGACUUCUCUGGGGCGAUAUGAGAAGGAAAGCCAUGUUCACAGUGGGGAGGAAGAAGAAAGGCGGGGUGUUGACGGUGAGCAGGAGGCCAUUCCAGCACACGGUGCUGAGGAGGCUCAGGGAGCUGAAGAAGAUCGUCCCGGACGCCCAGGACGCCGAUGUGGACAUGCUGCUCCGGCGGACGGCUAACUACAUCUGCAUCCUCGAGUUCAAGGUGACCGUCUUGCGGAGGCUCUCAGCCAUCUACGGGGUGUGAAUUUGGGAAGAUCACCUCGGUGUCGCACUGGCACCUUCGUCCUGAUCCACUGCGACGUCGAUGACGCAUGGUUAGCGGGCUUUUUGAGCUGAAAAGCUGUUAUAAUUGUACAUUCAAGGGGAGGAGGGGAGAACAUUUCUUGCCUGCUCAUCUCUUGUGCCCCUCAGCAAUAGUGUAUUUGUGGCUCCUAUACGUGUGGUAUGUAUGGGAGUUAGUUUGGCAUCCUAUAUGUGUGGUACAUAUGGGAAUUAGUUUGGCAGGUGAAGCCAUCCAUUGUUGCGGUCACAGGAGUUGGCUAGAAGAACAAGGAUUCGCUGUAAGCAGUUUAUGGAAUUGUUUCUGAUCAGUUUUCCUUUUGCAAAAAUCUCAAGAGUGUGAUUACUAUUGCUCAAGUGAUGAACUUUUUGGAUA